UUUGAUGAAAUUAGGCGACGAAAAAAUGCCGACGUGAAGAAAACGAUGUCACGUGCGGUGAACGGACGGGAAUGCUGACGAAUCCAUUGGCCGGUUCCCAGUACGAAAGCAGCCACGUCAUCUUAAGAUUCGAUUCAAUGCCUAAUCACCAUUCGCAGAAGAAGAUUCCAGAAGUGGGUCCCACGCGCCACGAGCAUUUUUUGAAUCUUCCCGAUACUUCUCGAUAUUUCGAAUUUUCUUCUCGAACCUAUCUGCAAAUCGAUUCCCCCCCCCAUAAAUAGCAAUCGGCCAUACCUUCUGUUCUUCAUCGGAGACAUUCUAUCUGCAUUUGCGCAAGAGAAAGUCAUCUAUUAACUUGAGAAAGUUCUGUCUGUACUUUUCCUGAUCUGCUUUCUUCUAGAAAUUUUUUGAGUCCUCAAUUGUGAUGGAGAGUCCCUUCUUCAGAAAUCACUGGAACUACCACCCUCAACGCCCUCGAUAUGUUCCUAGCAUGAUGGAGAUUCCGGUGCAUCGGCGAACUGUGCCGGUGGUUCCGAAAGUGGUUUCUAUUCCCGUCCGUUUUGUUGAGUCGGAGAAGAGUAGAUCUGACUCGGCCACCACAAUCCAGAAGGUUUUCAGAGGUUUUCUGGUGAGGAAGAGCGUGAAUAAGGUUGUGGCGAUUGAGAGAGAAGUAGAUGAGAUACAGAGGAGGCUUGCGAAUGAGGAGACUGUGGAUUUGAUUCGGAGGUUUGGUAAGGAGAGAAUUAAGUUUGGUGAGAUGCUGAUGAGUUUGCUGUUAAGGUUGGAUUCGGUGAAGGGCGUGGAUUUUGGAAUUAGGAAUUUCAGGAAGGCAGUGAUCAAGAAGGCUAUUGCCUUGCAGGACAAGAUCGAUUCAAUUGCUGCUGUGGAUGAAGCUACUGAUGUCGUCCAUGAGACUCCUGAAGCUGCGACUGCCAGAUGUGAUUCUGAAGCUGUUGAUCGGUGCUCGGGAAUGGAUAUUUCUGGUGCAAGGGAAACUCCGGAUCUCAAGGAUAGAAUUCCAGAGCUUGAAGAUGAAAGUUGUACUGCAAAAAUGGCAAGCAGUGAACCAGUUGUCGGUUGUGAUGAUGAUAGAACAGAAAUUGAAUCUGUUGAAUCUGCCGAUGGUUGCGAUGAGCGUGGAAAGGUAGAUGAGGUAGCAUUAACGCCUCGUUACACUGAAAAGGAGGGAGCAAUUAUGGAGGAAUCUACGGCUUGUUCUAUGGAAUCGAAUGCUGAUCUGGAAGGUCCUGAUGCAGAUGAUGAUAUACCGAAACCUCAAGUUUCAAAGCAAGGCAAGAACUCGCCAGGAAAAGACGAGGUGCCUGCAGAAGUUGACAGCGACACGAUGCAUAGAGAGGUUGAGGCGGCAGAGGAGUACGCGGAAAUGAGUGAAGCUGAAAGUCAGACGGAUUCGUGUAAUAACCCGCCGAAUUUAGACAAUGGGGUUGCAGAAUAUGAAGCUGUAGAUCAAAGGGAGGGCAGUGGAAAUGAAGAGGAACCAGUAGAAGAAGAAGAAGAAGAAGAUAGCAGAAUGAAGGGAAGAGAAGAGCAUGGGGAGAGCAGAGAGCUUCUUGAAAAGAUGGUGGCGGACAAUAAAAGAAUGAUGGAGAUGAUGACGCAGCUGUUUGAGAAGAACGAAAUGCAGACACGAUUGUUAAGCUCACUGUCCCAUAGGGUUGACCAGUUAGAAAAGGCACUUGUAUAUGAGAUGCUAAGAAAGAAGAAGAGGAGGAAUAGCAUAGAUUGCUCCGAAAACUGCCCCAAAACAAAGAAAAGUGGUAAAUGAUGACAAUAUCGUGAUCAGUUUACUGUUGCUAAAGUUUUGAAAUGCAAUUCUUAGUAAUUUUGUUGAA